CUCGGCGCCCAGCGGCAGCGGCAGGAGCAGCGGCAGCGGCAGUGGACGUCGGCGGAGGGGGAGGUGGAUGGGGAGGAGGCGGAGGUCGCGCUCCGUGAAGGCCGCGGCACGGCGAACGCCAGCGGGGCUCCGAACGGCACCUCCCGUGCCUCCGUCUCCGGCUGCCACUGCGUGGGGUGGCGAGGGUGGCACCGCUGUGGGUGGCACUGCUGUGGUUGGUACCGCUGUGGGUGGCACCGCUGUGGGUGGCACCGCCGCGGCGGGUGGCAGUGCCGCCGCCACCGCCGCAGCGUACGUGGCGUGCGUGCGCCGUCUCCGGGGCGAGGUGAACCCCUUCGGGCCGGUGCCGCGCACGAUGGAGGCGAGGGUGGAGAGCGCUGUCACCGCCGCCGGCACCUUCGUGCGGGCGCUCAACGCCGGCGUGGAGGUGAUCAACAUGACGGAGCACGUGGCCGUGUCACGCGACUGCGCCCUGGUGCUGCUGCGCGUGCAGUACUGCGCGCACUGCCGCGGCCUCACGCUCAUCAAGCCGUGCGGGGGGCUCUGCCUGAACGCGCUGCGCGCCUGCCUCGCCGGCGUGCCCGCCCUGGACCCCCACUUCAGGGAGUUCGUCGCGGGAAUCGGGCGUCUCGGCUCCAGGCUGCUGGCUCCACCGUCGGACAUCCAGCAUACGCUGCUGGGGACGCGUGACCUCGUCGCUGGCGCGUUGCUGCACGCACGCGUGCACGCCCAGAGGAUCCUCGCCAUGGUGGCUCAGUCGUGUGGGCCACCUCCGCCCGCCGGAGCGGGGGGCGUUGAUCAGGACAAGGACUUCACGUCUCUCGCCGCUGAGCAGACGCGGCCUCCCAUCACGAACGCCAGAUUCAGCGAUCUGCCGCUGUGGCUGGACCGCCCCAAGAAGCCACGCUCCCUGCGGAACCUCUUGCUGGAGUUCAGGAAGAGCCUGCCCGUGUACGAGGGCUUCUAUGCCACGCUGCCGGAGCGACUCUGCGAGACGCAGUUCGCCGCGCCCGACGGCUCCCUCUGCUGGGACGGGAACGAGGUGGUGGAGAGCUACCAGCGCCUCGUGGUUGGCACGAGCCUGGAGGAGCAGCAGCGCAACCCGGAGCUGCGUGUGCGCUCCGUGGAGCCCGGCGUCACCCUCAUAGCCCACAAGCUACAGCAACUCAAUCAGAUGCUGCGGGCGGGAGGAUCGGGGGGCACGGGGGGGGUCACGGGGGCGGGGCGGCCGCCGAUCCGGUCCAGCGAAGGCGGCUUGGCUGUGCCGGGGGGGAGGGGCGAGGGGGGGAGCGAGGGGGGGAGCGAGGGAGGGGGCCAGCGGGGACUGCGACGACGAGGAUGGCUGCGCGGGGUCCGGCAACGGAGUGGAGGGCUCGCAGCGCGGGGGGCGACACGGAUCCAACGGUGGUCUGGCACCUCCUCCCGUCACCUCGGCGCCUGCAGUCAAACAGCGGGCCGGUGACACGGGAGUACAGCCCAACACCGUCAACAAACGGAAGGGCAAUUCCGCACCCCACGACCACCACAUCCGCCCGUUGCUCGCAACCUCCGUCGCUAUGAUCACCGUAGUUGCGUUCAACUGGUUGCUAUGAAGCAGUAGCAAGUGGCUGUGAGUUGUGGUUGUUUGUUGUUGUUUGUUUAUUGUUGUUGUUGUUGUUGUUCAAGCUGUUUAAAGAAAAUAAAUGCUGUCGCCGCUUGCCAUCGUUACGAAUGAUACGGCAGGCGGCAUUUAUAUAUAGAUAUACAUUGGAGGCGUAUCGCGUUCGAGUACUAGAAGAAUAUUAAACAAAGUUAACUUUUCAAAAAGAGCAAAAGCGGUGAAUGAACGAAAGUAUGCGGCUAUAUUUGUCGGAAUCAUUAAGUUUUAAGUUGUGGGGGGUUUCUUUUGAUGGAGGUGGUGACGGUGACGGUGGUGGUGGUGGUAACAACAACGAGCGGAGCGCCGGGCGGGUAAAAUGCACCUAGCCUGGCACAGUAGGGGGGUACAGCUGGUGGUGCAUCUACCGGUCAACUCAGCCAACCCGUUGCACCACCUGGGGUCUGCCCCGAGACCUGCACCUAGCCUGGCACAGUAGGGGGGUUACAGCUGGUGGUGCAUCUACCGGUCAUCUCAGUCAGCCAACCCAUGGCACCUGCAGGGUCUGUCCCGAGACCUCCUCCUGUCAGCAGCGAGCCUUCGACGCUUCACGCGAUAGCCUCAAAGUGCACCUGGCCUGGCACAGGCGCCCUGGUGACGUCACCGUCACUUCGUGGCGAAUGGGUGAGUGGGGAGCGGUGGUGCAGCGGUUAGCGCUACGGCGCUACGAAACCCAGCGAACCCGAGUUCGAUUCCCGCGAACACCAGGUGACGAUUAUCUGAACCGGUCCUGGACCUCCGCUAGGUCGACUCAGCCUCAAAUGAGUACCUGGUGCGGUGUGUAGUAAAACAUCGCCACGGGGGAGACAAAGGCGGCCGGGCGUGGUGCUGUGGCCACCCACUUCCUCGUGUGCCGAGCCAGCCUUUGUAGAUGCUCGCUAACAGCACUUGCCCCGAGAGCCUGUUAAUGCUACACGGGGGAUCUUUAUCUUUGUGGAAUCCACAGUGGAGUGAAUAUGUAGAAUCUGCAGUGAAUCUGUAGAAUCAGCAGUUGAGUGAAUCUGUAGAAUCAAUAGUUGAGUGAAUCUGUAGAAUCAAUAGUUGAGUGAAUCUGUAGAAUCAAUAGUUGAGUGAAUCUGUAGAAUCAAUAGUUGAGUGAAUCUGUAGAAUCAGCAGUGAAUCUGUAGAAUCAACAGUGGAGUGAAUCUGUAGAAUCAACAGUUGAGCGAAUCUGUAGAAUCAACAGUGGAGUGAAUCUGUAGAAUCAAUAGUUGAGUGAAUCUGUAGAAUCAACAGUUGAGCGAUUCUGUAGAAUCAACAGUGGAGUGAAUCUGUAGAAUCAAUAGUUGAGUGAAUCUGUAGAAUCAGCAGUGAAUCUGUAGAAUCAACAGUGAAUCUGUAGAAUCACCAGUGGAGUGAAUCUGUAGAAUCAACAGUGAAUCUGUAGAAUCACCAGUUGAGUGAAUCUGUAGAAUCAGCAGUGAAUCUGUAGAAUCAGCAGUGAAUCUGUAGAAUCACCAGUUGAGUGAAUCUGUAGAAUCACCAGUUGAGUGAAUCUGUAGAAUCAGCAGUGAAUCUGUAGAAUCAACAGUGGAGUGAAUCUGUAGAAUCAACAGUGAAUCUGUAGAAUCAACAGUGGAGUGAAUCUGUAGAAUCAAUAGUUGAGUGAAUCUGUAGAAUCAGCAGUGAAUCUGUAGAAUCAACAGUGAAUCUGUAGAAUCACCAGUGGAGUGAAUCUGUAGAAUCAACAGUGAAUCUGUAGAAUCACCAGUUGAGUGAAUCUGUAGAAUCAGCAGUGAAUCUGUAGAAUCAGCAGUUAAUCUGUAGAAUCACCAGUUGAGUGAAUCUGUAGAAUCACCAGUUGAAUGAAUCUGUAGAAUCAGCAGUGAAUCUGUAGAAUCACCAGUUGAGUGAAUCUGUAGAAUCUACAGCGAAUCUGUAGAAUCACCAGUGGAGUGAAUCUGUAGAAUCAGCAGUGAAUCUGUAGAAUCAGCAGUGAAUCUGUAGAAUCAGCAGUUGAGUGAAUCUGUAGAAUCAGCAGUGAAUCUGUAGAAUCUACAGUGAAUCUGUAGAAUCAACAGUGAAUCUGUAGAAUCACCAGUUGAGUGAAUCUGUAGAAUCAGGAGCGAAUCUGUAGAAUCAGCAGUUAAUCUGUAGAAUCACCAGUUGAGUGAAUCUGUAGAAUCACCAGUUGAAUGAAUCUGUAGAAUCAGCAGUGAAUCUGUAGAAUCACCAGUUGAGUGAAUCUGUAGAAUCUACAGCGAAUCUGUAGAAUCACCAGUGGAGUGAAUCUGUAGAAUCAGCAGUGAAUCUGUAGAAUCAGCAGUGAAUCUGUAGAAUCAGCAGUUGAGUGAAUCUGUAGAAUCAGCAGUGAAUCUGUAGAAUCUACAGUGAAUCUGUAGAAUCAACAGUGAAUCUGUAGAAUCACCAGUUGAGUGAAUCUGUAGAAUCAGGAGCGAAUCUGUAGAAUCAGCAGUUAAUCUGUAGAAUCACCAGUGGAGUGAAUUUGUAGAAUCAGCAGUGAAUCUGUAGAAUCUGCAGUUGAGUGAAUCUGCGAUAAUUAUCCUCAAUAUUUGUCGAGACGAAAUGCGUUCUCGUGAUCGCGAGGCAAUCACUCCGUGGGUAAUUUUCCCAUCGUUACUUGUUUCUUAUCGAUACUUUAAACGUUAUCAGCAACACACUCAACACUAUUUUAUAAUCGUUUAUCAGCGAUGUUGUCAUCUUGUGUGUGUGUGUGUGAGAGACGAGGUCGAGGGGGGAGCGGUGGCGCAGCGGUUAGCGCCACAAACCCGGCGACCCGAGUUCGAUUCCCGCUCACGGCCAACACCGGUGACGAUUCUCCGAACUGGUCCUGGGCCUCCCCUAGGUCGACUCGGUGCGGUGUGUAGUAAACAUCAUAACUUGGGGAGACAAAGGCGGCCGGGCGUGGUGCCGUGGUCACCCACCCCCUCGUGUGUAUGUUGAACUUCUUUUGCGCCGUACGUAGCCGACCGUGCCCGGCCUUCGCGAACGGAACUUGCCCGUACAGCCUGCCGAAGGCUACAUGGGGGAACUUUGUCUUUAGAGAGGUUUGUCAAUGCGAGUGUGCACUUGCAGUAUUGCAAUCCUGAACGCGCUAAUGAAUUUACGCACACACGUAUAUAUAUAUAAAACUUACCAAAACGCUUUAUACCUGUGUGUACAUUAUACAGUCCCUGAGUUCAUGAUGUUGAAGCACUUUCGUCGGCCGGAGUGGUGGCGCCGCGGUUAGCGCACCGCUCGCACCGCAUACAACCAUCGCCACACUUGCACCUCGACUCGCGUGGUGAAGUAUGGUCAAACACCCCCCCCCCUUUCACCCCCCCUCGACCCCCUUUCAUCCCCCACCCACUUUUAGCCCCCCCUUUAACCCCCCCCACCCCCACCCCUUUGACCCCCCCCAUUCACCCCCCCCCACCCCUUUCACCCCACCCCUUUCCACCCCCCACCCCUUUCACUCCCCACCCACUUUCAGCCCCCCCCAUGACCCCCCACCCAUUUGACCCCCCCAUUCACCCCCCCUCCACCCCUUGCACCCCCCACCCCUUUCACCCCCCCACCCCUUUGACCCCCCCCCCUUUCACCCCCCACUCACUUUCACCCCCACCCCUUUCACCCCACCCACCCCUUUGACCCCCCCAUUCACCCCCACCCGUUUCACCCCCCACCCCUUUCACCCCCCCAUUCACCCCCACCCGUUUCACCCCCCACCCCUUUCACCCCCCACCCCUUUCACCCCCCCACCCCUUGCACCCCCCACCCCUUUCACCCCCACCCAUUUCACCCCCUCCCCUUUAACCCCC